AGAGCAAGCAAACAUGUGAAGGCAAAGGCUAAAGCGUGUCAGAUUAUGCUAUGUGGAACUGUGGAAUGUUCCAUAAAAAACCAAAUGCUUCCAUUUCUCCAUUUUUAUGCUUUCUUCUAUCAGCACUUAGUUUAACCCAUGAACAUGGCUCUUUCAACUUCUACAACACCAUUCAUAACUUCACAUAGCAAAUACACUGAUUACCCUUCUGCAUAUUUUCUCAGAAAUUCAGCAAAAACCUCCAUUAAUGGCUUCUUUCCUCUUUUCAAAACCCCCAUCACAAUCAAACCUUACCAUCGACCUUUACUUACUGUCUCUGCCAUUCCUAGCUCCAAAGAAGUUGGGUCAUUUCUUGAUAGUGAAACUAAUAUCUCUAUGCUGGAUAAAGCUCUGGUCUUUGAUUUGAAUGGAAAGGGAAUUCCCAUUAAUGAUUUGUGGAAAGAUAGGAAAGUUGUGGUUGCUUUUGCUCGCCAUUUUGGAUGUGUGUUUUGUCGUAAGCGGGCUGAUAUUCUUGCCUCGAAGAAGAGAUCCAGCUAUUGUAAUGCCAUUCGAGUAGUAAAACUAAAAUCCAGCAGGAGUGAAGUUUUUGGUAGAUUUUCAGUUUCAUCAACUCAGACCCGGACAAGGAAUUGGAACACUUGUAUUUGUUCGUGCAGAUGCGGCAUGUCUCAAACUGAUCUACAGCCUGCAGCUACGCCAUCACCUCCUGUGAAAAUUGUUAGCGUCUUUGGAAAUGGAAGCAUUAGUCCUCUUCAAUCUACCCCUUGGCAAGAUGUCCUUCUUCAUACUGCAGAAAGAUUGAAGUGGGUUGAUGAAGGAUUUGAAAUGCUUGUCUUUAAUGAUGAUGUCUGUCGAUCCAGUGAAAACCAAUACCUUGUAAAGGCACUUGAACAUGCUGAUAUACUGUUGGUUGUUGCUGUGACAAAACAAGAAUCAGUAGAGUGGAUUCAGAAUCAUACUCAAAACAUCCCAAAUGUUAUAAGUUUCGAGUCUUCUCCUGUAUUGGUGAAUAAACUAGGAGGAACCCCGGUUGGCAGUGGAACCAAAGAAAACCUGAUAGGCUUUUCAAAAUCUAAGGAAGCCAAUGAGAAAUCUGAAGUAGUGCAUACAGUUACUGAAGCUUGGGAUCGGCAUAAUUCAGACGACAUUAGAUUUGCCUUGUUGGUUGUCAUCAAUGCUUAUUUGAGACCAGUUCCCGUUUUAAAGAAUUUGAGAGCAAAGGGAUUUUCUACUCUCAGCUGUAUGGUGAAAAAUUGUGGGUCCCAGAUUCUGAAUUGCUUGUUGGAUCCUGCUUGUAGGAAAGCCCUUCAAUGCUUAAACAAGUGCAGUCCUGUGGAUCAAGUUUGCAACUAUCGCUGCAUUGCUUCAUAUGAAAGCCCUCAGCUUGAAGCAUUCUCUCUCUGUGUAUUACAAAAACAUAAUUGUUUACAACUCGAUGCCCAAAUUCCCGACAAGCCAUACGUAACUCCUAUGGAAAAGUUUCGUGGGUCUGAGUUGUGUCAUGAAACUGCUGAAGAUCUCUUUGUCGGUUGGUUAGGGACCAUGAAUUGGAGUUGGCGUGUCGUGGCAGGUCAAAAUCCUGCUUAUGAUCAAUUUCCUUGUCAGUAUCAACUCUUUUAUAGGGGAAAGGCCAAAGGUUCAUUUUGGUAUGAGCCGGUCUUUCAAGUCAAGACCUUGGACGAAAGAAUUGUAUGGAGAAGGAGAAGAUACAGGGUCAAAAGAGGUCCAAUUCCAGGCAAAUUCUUUUUCAGUGUUCUGGAUAAUGGUGUUGUAUCAAAUGAGUCCUGGACAAUUGUGGAUGUUGCUGAUAAUCUUAGCUGGGGAUUGUUUCAUUAUCAUGGAGCUGCUCGAGUUGCAGGACAAUCCUACACAGGUGCAGUUCUUGUAACUCCAGAUGGAAGUUACCCUUGUGAGGCAGAAGAACCUAGAUUAAAUAGUGCUCUUGAUAAAUGUGGUAUCAAGAAGUGGGAGUUAUUUACCGUAGAUAAUUGCUCUUGUCAUGAUGCACCGCUUGGCAUUCCUGACGGUUCAAGCUUGCAUUGCAAAAUAGAAGUCGAAGAACGGAAACCAGUUUGAUGUG